UGACGUGCGCGUCAGUGGGAACGGGACACUUCACACUCGCACAAGUGGAAAGCUGCCAUGGGCUCUCUGAAAACAGACAACUUUUGCGCCUGGUCGCUGGGAAUAAGCUGAUCUCCAAGACUGAUGCAACUACCGUUUGAUGAACAAUGCAGACUUCAUGAUUAGAGAUGGUGACUGAAGAUGAAGUUAUCAAUUAAACGCUCGUCAACUUGCGGGUUGCAGUAGGGGUGGCGACCUCAGGGAACAAAAAACCCUGUCAGGAGUCUACUUUUAGGACUUAUUCUGAACUAAAUGGAGGGCAGAAUGGAGCCCGAUGAUAGUAAGAUAUCUGUGUGGGUGUGUAGAGAAGAGAAACUUGUCUCGGGACUGUCGAGACGCACCACCUGUGCGGAUGUUGUCAAGGUGCUCUUGGAGGACCAAAACCUGCAGCAGGGCGCCUCCGCUGCCAUGCUCUCCGGCUCGCCCCAGUCCUACUGCAUUGUGGAGAAAUGGAGGGGGUUCGAGAGGAUACUACCCAACAAAACUAAAAUUCUCCGUCUCUGGAGCGCCUGGGGAGACGAGCAAGAAAACGUGCGGUUUGUGUUGGUGAAGAACGAGGCGUCUCUGCCGAACAACGGACCGAGGAGCGCUGAGGCGCGCGUGGUGCCCAGUAAAGAGAGCCCGUGCGCAGCAGCAUACAAGGGGACCGCGCGAGUCACCAUGGCUUUCUCUCAAGAGAAACAGCGGCGAAUCGUCCGAAAAGCUUUCAGAAAGUUGGACAAAAUCAACAAGAAACGUGAGGUAGCUACUGUUUCCAGGGACAAGUCAUCCGUAGAGAAAAUGGAGACUUUGGUACACCUCGUAAUUUCCCAAGAUCAUACGAUUCGCCAGCAAAUACAGCGGAUCAAGGAGCUGGACAGCGAAAUUGAACAGUGCGAGGCCAAAAUUCAUUUUGACAGAAUUAAACGGCAUGGCAUCAACUAUGUACAGGACACCUAUAUGGUUGAUCAGGGGGGUUCGGAGAGUGAGUCGACCGACCCAGACCUUGCCUGUUCCUCAGAGACAAUUGCACAGUUUGAGGAGUAUGCGUCAAGGUGCGAGGAAGUUAUCAAGCUUCAAGAGGAGCUUGCUGCACGAGAGGCUUUCCUGGAAAAUAUCACAGGUGAAAUUCAAGAAGAGUUAAAUCAACGAUGGAUGAAGCGCAGACAAGAGGAGCUGUCCAAUAAAGACAGCACAGAGAGUAUCGCCGAGGAGUUGGCUAUCCGAGUUACCACGGUGCCACCCCAAACAGACGCCGCCGCUGCCCCGGAGGUUGAGAAUUUGUCAGAGAAUGAAUUACAACUGGAAGAGGAGCGAGUCAAGACUCAACUGGACACAAGUUUGUACAUUGGAUUGCGUUUGAACACUGAUUUGGAAACUAUCAAAAGCGACUUGGACAUGAGCCAGGAGCAGUGGGAGGCGAAAGAGAGGGAACUGGCUGCGUUGUUGGAGAAAGUGGACUCGCUGGACGUAGACGAGGACGAACCUGCACCGGACAGCAAAGGAGAUUUACCUGUUGUGGAAACCGAAACGUUGCCUUCUAUUGAGAAAAACAGCGGAUGGGUUGAGCAAGCAAGGGGGCUCUCAAAGAGCCGAGCUACAAACGAUGAUGACUCAGACACAGGGCUGAGCUCAAUGCACAGUCAGGACUCGGAUAACACACCUGUUUGCGAAUCUCUUGUGUAAAGAAUUUGUAUCUUGAGCGUGUCGUAUCUCAGGGAACUGCGUCUGAUCAUUCCGAAAGGCAGUCUGGUUUUCUCUAUCAACAAACUCGGCAUGCAAUUGUACUCAAUAUGAUCGCCCCACAGACUACUGUAAAGUACAGUUUGGUCUAGUGAAAUAGGUUAGGUUGUACUUACUGAACACUAGGUGAACUAAUUACUCAGUGCAUUUAGCCUACUCACUAUGGUAAAUCUUGAUCAAAUGUAAUUGAUGUGUACAUAUAUGUAGAUUAAUCUUUUGAACAUGUUAUGUCCUCGUCCCAGUCAGAUUAUUUAUUGGAGGAUUUUAGUGUUAGGUUCAAAACAGACGAACUUGGCUUUGAAAAGAUGCACAGUCACCAGACCAUGAUGCCGUUCCACAUAUAAGCAAGCAUUUCUAUUAAAGUCAGAUUAUUAAAGUAUACAAGUGCAAAUGUAUCCAAUUAUUUUGAGCAUUAGUCAAAAUGCCAUCACUUUUGUCUUUGUGGUGGUGUGUCUGUGGUGAGUGAAAGAGAGGUGAUCAAAGGUAUCCCGCACAAUUUAAGAGGAAUGUCUCCAAAGAAAUGCUCAUGUCAUGCAUGGCUGUAUUUAAUUACUCAUUGUUCUGACCUAGUGGUGCGGAAACUGAGGGGAAAAAACACUGAUUCGCCUAGUACUCAACAGCACAUAAGAGUAUAGGAUUUGAGGUGGAGCCUAGACUUUAAAACCUAAGUCCAAGUCAGAGAAGCAUAUCAACAAAAAUGUGCAAGAUGUGUAGGCCUAUGUCAUUGUGCUUUUAAGUAGUAAGCGUUGCAAAAGAAUUUUCCAUCCAUUUCAGCAAUAUGGAGAUGUUGACCUUGUUUUGGUGUACGUUUAAGCCACACACUGCAGUGAGAGAAGGCCUACAGUAGGUUUUAAAACACUGAGCCGAACAUCUGGCUGUAAACAAACGUGAUUAGUGUUGUGUCUACAGCAGAGCAGAGGGGAUUUCUGAUGGACAUAAACGGGUACCACACACAGUAUUGUCCGCAUUUCAUCUCCUAAAAAUAGAACACACAUCUACUGUACAUGCCGUUGCUUCUUAGUUUUGUUUGUUUGUUUGUUUUUUACUUCUUAGUUGUUGUGGUUUUUUUUGUAAUAGGCCUACACCCGAUUUGAAGAAAAAGAAACCCACAUUGAAUGGGGCCAUUGUUUUUUGCUUUUUUCUAAUGUUGAUCAGGUUUUAUAUGGCUUCCUGUGUUGGCCAGUGCACUGCACAGGUUCUGUGUGUGGGAAAGAAUGACAUUGUAGAGUUUUGCCAUGAGCAGCGGAGUAGGACAUAAGUCGUGAUCAGCCGCACGGGUCAUGUA